UCUGGUCAUAUGACAGCUGCCUGCAGUCCCACUUCCCUUCCUCGCUGGAAAAACGCCACAUCUGACAGACAGACAGACAGACAGACAGGGAGGUAGAAACACAGACCCAGCCACACACAGGACCUCAAGAUGCUGGCUCUAGUGAACCGGCUGCUGGACUGGUUCAAGUCUCUGUUCUGGAAGGAGGAGAUGGAGCUGACGCUGGUCGGCCUGCAGUACUCUGGGAAGACCACAUUUGUAAACGUGAUCGCUUCUGGGCAUUUCAGCGAAGACAUGAUCCCUACAGUCGGGUUCAACAUGAGGAAGGUCACCAAAGGAAACGUCACCAUCAAGAUCUGGGAUAUAGGAGGGCAGCCGAGGUUCAGGAGCAUGUGGGAGCGGUACUGUCGGGGAGUUAAUUCAAUCGUGUACAUGGUUGACGCAGCAGAUCGAGAAAAGGUGGAGGCAUCGAGAAAUGAGCUUCAUAAUUUAUUAGACAAACCUCAGUUGCAAGGAAUUCCUGUUUUGGUACUCGGCAACAAAAGGGAUCUCCCCAGCGCUCUAGAUGAGAAGCAGCUCAUUGAAAAAAUGAAUCUGGCAGCUAUUCAGGACAGAGAGAUCUGCUGCUACUCCAUUUCCUGCAAAGAGAAAGACAACAUCGACAUUACACUUCAGUGGCUCAUCCAGCACUCAAAAUCCAGGAGGAGCUGAAAAUGCAGAAGUUGUUUUCCAGCUGUGUUUGCCAUGUUAAUAUCUUCUCCCCCCCCCCAUCCCAACUCACUUCAACUCACAUGCUGCUCUGUUCUGCUUGUGACACACGUACAUUUCCCCUUUUCACCUUGUGGCUCCUUCACAAACCCUGAGAGUGCACUGCUAAAGAUGUGAUUCUGGUACCAAAUUUAAGGUCUGUUAUUGGCAUUAUUCGUCCUGUAAAGCUGUACUUUAACUUAGAGUUGGAACCUAAGUUCAGAUCUACCCUUCACCAUUUAGGCAUUACCCGGUUGAUCAUACCCAGUGGUUUAUAACGCUAAUUGGGUAUACAACAUCACCCUCUUGCAGGAGGGUUGAUUCUGUCAAACAGGUGUAAGUGUUCGUCACACGGUCAGAUAUGAUGCCAGGAGAUUGCUGAUGUGGACAUGCAGGUGUUUCCAUUUCUGUCGAGCUGUACUCUGUGAUUGUUUUUGAUGACUGUCACCCUUCGCUUGAUCAGGUUUUCUUCUUUCGAGGACACGUCUAUUGUUUUAGAGAAACUGUGCAUUUAAGUAAGUCAAUUGACGCAGGUCUGUACAAAUAUCAAGCUAGUAUGAUUUUUACCGAUGUGAGAUGUGCGUGUAUGAAUAUAUGAUUCUAUUUAAAGUCUGAAUGUACUAAAAGUAAAGCUGUACGGAGUUGUGUGGUUCAUAUUGGCCUCUUAUUUGUAAGUAGCCUCGGUGGAAUGAUGUCGUUUGUGCUGCCUCGAAGCUGAGAGAGUGGCAGAAAUCAAAGUGCCUUGUGCAAUGUCUCUCACCUCUGAAGCAAAGCAGCGUGCGAGGUGUGCCUACCUGGGAAGAGUAAAAAAACACCACUUCAAUAUAUUCAAAAAAUAAAAAGGCAUGCUUUUUAAUUUA